AUGUGCCGUCGCCGGGCGCCGCUGUGCCUGCAGCUCCUGCCGCCGCUCGCGCUCCUGCUGCUGGCGGCGGUCGCGGUGGACAGGCGCGGUGAGUUGCAUAAAUCGACAAGGAUUUCUUCCGUGCAUUCUCAAGUAAGUGGAAGAAAUCCCGUCACGUCACUUUUUACCACAGUUAGAAAACUCAUUCCGUACAUCGUUAUAACAUUCCCGAAGAAGAAAAACAAAAUAACAUGGAGUAUUAAAGAAAUUUAAUUAGAUGCACCAGAGGUUAUUCAUUAUACUAAGCAAUCCCUCGAACCAAGUAAAGAUAUUCCGUGCAGUCUCUCCUAAUGUAAUAGAACUCACAACAAUAAUUCUGCUGCCCGGUAAUAAAUUGUGCAUAAUACUAGAAAAUAUUUUGUAAUG